AAGCCGCGUUGUUUACAUUUUCCAAGAUGGCGGCGGGGAUGUACCUUGAGCAUUAUUUGGACAGCAUAGAAAACCUGCCUUUCGAGCUGCAGAGGAACUUCAAUCUGAUGCGGGACUUGGAUCAACGCACUGAGGAUCUGAAAGGACAGAUAGAUUCUCUGGCUAAAGAAUACACAGCAAAUGCUCGGACUCUCUCCUCUGAACAAAAGCUGUCCAUCCUGAGGCAGAUUCAGCAGUCAUACAGUAAAUGCAAGGAGUUUGGAGAUGACAAAGUGCAACUUGCUAUGCAGACCUAUGAAAUGGUCGACAAACAUAUCAGGCGUCUGGACACGGACCUUGCUCGGUUCGAGGCUGACCUGAAGGAAAAGCAGAUCGAGAGCACAGACUAUGAUUCCACCUCCAGUAAGGGGAAGAAAGGCGACUCCAGACAAAAGGAAAAGAAGACGGCUAAAACGAGGUCUAAAGUGAAGAGUUCGGAUGAGGAUGGGAGUCCUAAGAGUGCUCAGAAGAAAGUCAAACUCCUUCAGCCAGGAGAAUUCAACAGCCCCACUUCCAACUUUGGGAAUGUGCACCCAUCCGAUGUUCUGGACAUGCCUGUGGACCCCAACGAGCCCACCUACUGUCUGUGUCAUCAAGUCUCUUAUGGCGAAAUGAUCGGCUGCGACAACACCGACUGCUCCAUUGAGUGGUUCCAUUUUGCAUGUGUGGGCCUGACAACCAAACCAAGAGGCAAAUGGUACUGUCCACGGUGCUCUCAGGACAGGAAGAGAAAAUAAAAAUCACCUGCUUUACCUGGAACAAAGAACAGGGACACUAAUUUGAUGAGAAGAAUAUUUCUUCAUUAGUUAGUAGGACUUUUUGUUUCUCAUCUCCCUUAACAUUUGGUGCUUCUUUUGUUUUUGUUUUUUGUUUUUUUUUUGGUUGACGUAUUUGCCUUAGUUUGAUGCAGCUUGUGUGAAGGAGCCAAGUGGUUACAAAUGUAUUUAAUCUUUGAUUAUCUUCUCUAGCAUUAAUUUUUUUGUUACUUUUGGUGCUUUUUGUGUUUUUUUUGUUUUUUACAAUUUGUUUUCUCAAGAACUAAAUAUAAUAAACACUACAACUGCUCCCAACGGUUAACAGUCAAAGUCUCCAUGAUGCUCUACUCUGUAUUCACACGCAC